AUGUCAUUGGCUCCUCCCAGUGAGCUCAGCGGCUGGACAUUCCAGCCCACCUCUGGGAAUCUGCUGGCUCCUCCACAUUCUCACCAGUCUAAGACAGCAGGAGGAGACACAAUGAGAGGACUCGUAGUCUUGAUUAGUCUGAUGUGCUUCUCAAGCGCGCAGCACCAAGCCCUGAUUGACUACUUGGAGCGGAGGCUGCUUGCCAUUGAGGACCGCAUCUCCCUGUGGCAUGAACAAGCCACCCGCUAUGCCUCGGAGCUGCGGGAGCUCAAACAACAGAUGGUUUCCCAGCUGGAGAACCUGGACAAAGAAAAAGAGACACUCCGCGUGAACCUGGACAGCAUGGGAACAAGAGUGGACCGGGUCGAGAGAGAGCUGGAUUACUUGGAGACCCAGAAUGGGGCUCAGCCUUGUGUUGAUGUGGAUGACAAGCUGAUAGAGCAGCAGGUGACACAAGUGCAGGAGAAACAGAAGACGAAAUACUUCAAACUCACUGACUGCAGCGACAUGAUCUCCACCAUAAAGGCCAUGAAGAUCUUGAAGCGAGUCGGAGGGUCAAAGGGCAUGUGGACCAGAGACACCGGUGGGGGCUCGGGGAAGGUCUUCAUCUUCAACGGGACCGAUAAAGACACAAUCUUUGAGUUUUCGACCGUGCAAGAUUUCACUCGCUCGCAGGGCCUGUCUGAGUCAAGGCAGCUGAAACUUCCCUCUGCCUGGAGUGGAACAGGCCACGUGGUCUACAAUAAUCACGCCUACCUCAUCACACAGGCAGACGAGGUGACGCUGGUCAAAUACGACUUGAGAAACAAGUCUGUGGCUGACAGUGCGGUGUUCCCAGUCCAAGACCAUGUCCCAGUGUAUAACCUGAGCCCUGAGACAGUGAUGGACUUGGCCGUGGACGAGGAAGGUCUGUGGGCCAUUUACGCAACACAUCAGAGAGAGAAGCACAUCUCUCUGGCCAAAAUAGACGCCACCUCGCUGGGCAUCGAGCAGAUGUGGGACACAAACUGUCCGAGAGAGAACGCGGAGGCGGCUUUUGUCAUUUGUGGGACACUUUACGUGGUUUACAACACCAAGCAGCCCGGACGCUCACGUGUCCAGUGCUUGUUUGACAUCAACGAUAUGGUGAGCAGUGAUGACAUGCCGCUGCUUUACUUCCCCAAACGCUACGGAGCUCAUGCCAGUCUCAAGUACAACCCGCUAGAGCAGCUGCUCUAUGCAUGGGAUGAUGGCUACCAGAUUCUCUACAAACUUGUCAUGAAGAAGAAACUUGAGGUUUAACACCUCAAGUAACCAAAACCUCCAACCCACAUUUUGGUAGCUAUGAAGUAGUUGUCUUAACCUACUGGCCAGUGAAAUUCACUUUUUUUUUUUUUUUAAAUCCACAUCUUUUGUACUUUUGUCCUUUUUUGUAUUAGUCACAAUGAGUUUUGUUAAUAUGUCUGUGUAUUCUUCAACUGCUGACAACCUUCUGGCAUACAGGGGGAUCAUGAACUUAUUACUUCUCUUGUAGUGACAUUUUGCUUUGUCAUAGAACUUUGCCUCACUAACUCGUUAAUGUAAGCCCUGGUUGCAAUGGUUGCAGAGUGUAAAUAGCUGCAAGCACUUCCUCUGGAUACAAAUUUCCUGCCGCUUCGCAGUUAAGCCACUGCUCUUACAUGACUACUUUGCUUGCCUGUUUGUGAUUAUAGCUCAUUAGGGGAAAAGCCAACCUGGCUAGCGUUUACAUAAUCUAUUUUUAUUGAAAUGCAAAUAUGGGUUAAAUCCCCCAUGUAUGUGUGUGUGUUACAUCAAAUGUAAUCAAUGUAAUCAAAAGUAACUGCAGUGCUUCAAAACAAAUACGACCCACAUUUCAUAAUGUCAGCAAUCAUUAAUCGGGCAUCUUUUUAGCUGGCGAGCUCAAAGCUACAUUAGUCUGCAUUGAUUUUAAUGGUAUCUGCUAGCUGGCUAGCACGCUCAUGUUUCCUUCGUCAUACUUAUUGGGCUUGAGUGAACCACAUGUGAGCAGGUUUUUCACCAAAUAAAAUCAAUUACAGUCAUUAACAUCUUGCCAAUUGUGCAGAUUAAUCAACAGAGUGUAGUAGUAGUAGUAGU